CUAAGCAAAGCAAUGUUAAGCAUGGCGAGGAACGGCCCUGAACAAGAAACACGAUGCUUGCACGCAAAAGACUAGAGGCCGUCUCACCGUCCGUUGCGUUCCAUUCCACCGCCUAUAUCACCGUCCCAAAACGCCGCGGCAUUCAGUCGAUCGUCUCAACCAAGCUCCACUCCGGCACUGCGAGCAACGCCGCCAUUGUCGUCGUCGUCGUCGAUGGCCACCGUCUCGCUCCUGCGAGCCGCGGCGCUCGGUCUGGUGGUUCUGGCGUCGGCGCUGCCGGCGGCGCGGUCAUGGAGCAAAGAGGGUCACAUGCUCACAUGCCAAAUCGCACAGGAUCUGCUGGAGCCUGACGCCGCGCACGCCGUGAGGAACCUGCUCCCGGACGACGUGGGCGGCGACCUGUCGGCGCUGUGCGUGUGGCCGGACCAGGUCAGGCACUGGUACAAGUACAAGUGGACAGGCCCGCUGCACUUCAUCGACACCCCUGACAAGGCCUGCAGCUUCGACUACUCGAGGGACUGCCACGGCCCCGACGGCGCCAAGGACAUGUGCGUCGCCGGCGCCAUCGCCAACUUCACGUCCCAGCUGCUGCACUACAAGCACGGCAGCGCCGACCGGAGAUACAACCUGACUGAAGCCCUUCUGUUCCUGUCGCACUUCAUGGGAGAUGUUCAUCAGCCAAUGCACGUGGGAUUCACCAGCGACCAAGGCGGCAAUUCCAUAGAGCUGCGGUGGUUCCGGCACAAAUCCAACCUCCAUCACGUGUGGGACAGGGAGAUCAUACAGACAGCUCUCGCCGAUUUCUACGGCAAGGACAUGGACGCCUUCCGCAAGCAACUCGAGCACAACCUCACCAAGGGUACCUGGUCUGACGAUGUGUCGGCUUGGACAGACUGCGAAGACCUCUCGUCUUGCCCAACCAAGUACGCGACCGAGAGCAUAGAGCUGGCGUGCAAGUGGGCGUACAGCGGCGUCCGUGAAGGGGAAACACUGUCCGACGACUACUUCGACUCGAGGCUCCCGAUCGUGUCGCGGCGGAUCGCGCAGGGCGGGGUGCGGCUGGCCAUGUUCCUCAACAGGAUCUUCGGCGCGCACAACCGCGACGUGCCGCCGGCCGCCGCCGCCGCGUCUUGAUGGACCCGGCCGGACCCGAUCGCGCGCGCGCGACGCGACGCGACGCGGCUACUUUGUAACCUUAAUUAACCUGAUGGACUCCUGCUGCGUCAGUCUAAUCCAUGUUAACCACGUACGUCGUGUCUUGGUUACCUAGCUGCUGUCAUAUGAUUAUUGAUUCAAGUCUGAUCUCAAGAAAUUGCACGUGGACGUGGACAGCAGCUUGUGCAGUGCAGAUAUUUUUUUUAAAAAAAAAACUGACUCCUGCGUCUAA